AUGCACCUGUACGCUGUCCUCGUCCUCGCACCGUCAUGGUCGAUUAGGGAUGCUGGCCGAGGGAAAUUUGUCGCCCCUCGACGGCCAAGCAGCUCCUCGUCGACGCCAGCACGCCGACGACGGGUGAGCAGCAACUCUCGAGCCGGAGCCACGGCCGCAACGUCUAUUUUCGGCAUGCCGGGAGCUGAGAAGGACUCUUCAAAGACAGAUUGGGACACGGUCCGGCGGACAGAGGCGGCGGAAAUGAAACCCAGCGGCUCCGUCUGGAAUCCAAACCAGCAGGCUCCCGUGGCAGAUGUCAUGCCCCCUGGCGAGGCAAUUGUCUUGGGCCGUGAGGAUUCGUCGUCUCGGUCGUCGCUCGGAUCGAGUGCGUCAACGAAUGCGUGCUCUAGCUCGAGCAAGAGGCCCCCCGUCGUGCGGCGUCGAGGCCAGGGCUCCGCUACCCCAGGUUCCCAGCAUUUUGUUGUCGAUGAUGAUGGUUAG